AUGCUCGAUUCUACCAUGUCGGACCCUUUACCAAUUGCUAUCGACCCAGUGGCCCUGGUGACUACAGAAUGUAUUACCGUCACCUCGUCGAUGCGGAAACACGCCCGCUGGGCACACUCAUCAGUCUCCGCCAUCCUGGGCGGCAAUGGGGGGUCCCGCGUAUACGAAAGAGAUACCUCGGCGCCUCCAAGUCCGCGCAAGAGCCCGCAACCUACGCGCAGUGAAGAUGAUCAUGCUCUGGCUAAUCGGUGGGGCUUGCGAGGGAAGAAGGGGAAGAGCAUGCAGGACAAUCCGUUGAUAUCGGCCUUUACUCGUCUACGCAGUGAUCUCAAGGCUUGCAAAGACAUUCGUACCUUCGAUACCCCAGCUCUCAUUCACCCCUUCUUGCAGGUCAUUCGUUCCUCCUCUACCUCCGCUGCCAUCACAUCUCUCGCUCUGAUCGCUGUUACCAAGUUCUUUUCUUACAACAUUAUCAACCGCGACUCUCCUCGACUCCCCAUGGCCAUGCAACUCUUGUCUGCUGCCAUUACACACUGCCGAUUCGAAGCAAGCGACUCGUCUGCAGACGAAAUAGUGCUCUUAAGGAUUUUGAAGUUGAUGGAAGGAAUGCUUUCUCGACCGGAGGGUGAGCUAUUGGGGGAUGAGAGUGUUUGCGAAAUGAUGGAAACGGGCUUGAGUAUGUGUUGUCAAAGUCGUCUGUCAGAAGUACUUCGUAGGUCUGCAGAGAUGGCUAUGGUAAACAUGUGCCAGGUGAUUUUCACACGCUUGUCGCACCUCGACCGAGAUAUGCCAUCUGGACCAACCUCGUUUGCAAAUGAGAGCACCAAGAAGGACACAUCGAACCUCAAGAUGGAUCCAUCCGUGGAUGGCGACACUGUUACAUCGCAGCAUAAAUCGGCAAUUUCCUCUGAUACAUCACCUACAGAGCGAGACAGUACGCCCGGAAAAGGAUCAGCAGAGCAAGCCGGCAAUGGCACUGCAGCGGCAGCGGCACCACCAAGCCCACAGAGCGACGAUGAGAGUGAAGAAAUACAGCCGUAUUCCUUGCCCUCAAUCAGGGAGUUAUUUAGAGUGUUGAUUGAUCUACUUGAUCCCCACAACCGACAGCACACUGAUACAAUGAGAGUAAUGGCUCUACGGAUCAUUGAUGUUGCGUUGGAGGUUGCUGGUCCCUCUAUUGCUCGACAUCCAAGUUUGGCUGCUUUAGCGAAGGAUGACCUUUGCCGUUACAUCUUUCAACUAGUCCGCUCAGAACAAUUGGCAAUUCUCAAUGGUUCCCUCAGAGUUGCUGGUACGUUGUUGUCGACAUGUCGAUCCGUGUUGAAGUUGCAGCAAGAGCUAUAUCUGUCAUAUCUGGUGGCCUGCCUUCACCCACGAGUUGAGAUUCCGCGAGAGAUCGGCAUAGACCCGUCCCUCUAUGAGGGCGUACCGCAAAAUCCUACAGUAGUCAAACAGCCAGCUUCGACGCCCAAUAGCGGCAGGGCGACACCGGUUCCUGUCAGGGAUCGCCAAAAGCUCGGUAUGGAGGGCGGCUCGCGAAAGCCCGAAGCUCGUGAAGCCAUGGUUGAGAGUAUCGGCGUCUUGUCCAGGAUCCCGAGCUUUAUGGUUGAACUUUUUGUAAACUAUGACUGCGAAGUGGACAGAGCUGACUUAUGUGGGGACAUGAUUGGUCUUCUUUCUCGAAACGCAUUUCCCGACUCUGCAACAUGGAGCACAACCAAUGUGCCUCCGCUAUGUCUUGACUCCCUUUUGGGCUAUGUUCAAUUUAUCCAUGAUCGGAUGGACGAUGAACCUGUGCAAGGGGAUUACCCUCCACAAGAACGUAUGCGAACCCAGCGAAGAACAAAGAAAUUGAUUAUCAAAGCAGCACAGAUGUUCAAUGAAAGCCCAAAGGCUGGAAUUGGUUAUCUAGCUGAACAUGGCAUUAUUGAAGAUCCCAGUAAUCCAAUUCUAGUCGCUCGGUUCUUAAAAGGAACUACCCGCUUGUCCAAAAAGGUUCUUGGAGAAUUCAUCUCCAAGCGAGGCAAUGAAGAAUUGUUGGGCGCGUUUGUGGAUCUUCUCGACUUUUCGGGCAAGAAUGCUGUCGAGGCGCUCCGCGAGUUGCUCAGUUCCUUCCGUCUGCCAGGCGAGUCACCGCUCAUUGAACGAAUUAUUACGAUAUUUUCCGAGAAUUAUACAGAAAAGGCAAAGCCGGAAGGCAUCGCGGAUAAGGAUGCUAUGUAUAUUUUGACUUACGCCAUCAUUAUGUUGAACACGGAUCUUUAUAACCGAAACGUGAAGCCGCAGGAUCGCAUGUCGCUCCUGGCUUUCUCGAGAAACUUACGAGGAGUCAACGCAGGUGGGGAUUUCACGGAGCAGUUUCUCCAGGAGAUCUAUGAUUCUAUAAAGGAAAAUGAGAUUAUUCUUCCCGACGAACAUGAAAACAAGCAUGCUUUCGACUACGCUUGGAAAGAGCUGUUGUUGAAAUCAUCAAGUGCUGGUGAUAUGGUUGUGGGCGAGACCAAUGUCUAUGAUGCCGAGAUGUUCGAGGCUACAUGGAAACCGGUGGUGGCGACAUUGUCAUAUGUCUUCAUGUCUGCAUCAGACGAUGCGGUAUAUUCGCGAGUUGUCAAUGGGUUCGACCAGUGUGCUCAAAUAGCUGCUCGCUACGGCUUGACUGAGGCUUUUGACCGCAUUGUCUUUUCCCUUGCCUCGAUCAGCACAUUGGCAACAAACAAGCCACCUAGCACUGCACUUAAUACUGAAGUUCAAGCCGGCAAAAAGAGUGUGAUGGUGAGCGAAUUAGCUGUCAAGUUUGGAAGGGACUUCAGGGCACAGUUGGCUACUGUCGUACUGUUUCGUGUUCUGCUGGGCAACGAGGCAGCGCCUAAGCAGGGCUGGGACCAUAUAGUCCGUAUUUUAAGCAAUUUGUUCAUCAAUUCUUUGAUUCCGCCCUUCGACUCGAAGCUCACAGCUGAGCUCGACGUUUCACCCAUCCCAUUACAACCUCCAUCACAAGUGGUCGAUCGCGAUAACCGUGGCAAUGAUUCAGGCCUGUUAUCAGCUUUCACAUCAUAUCUCUCUAGCUAUGCCGCUGAUGACCCCCCUGAGCCGUCAGAUGAAGAGCUCGACAAUACCCUUUGCACUGUGGAUUGCGUAACUGCGUGCUCGAUCUCUGAUAUUUUAACAAACUUAAAAUCUCUCCCUCUGCCUUCCCUUAAGAAGCUCGUAGAGGCAUUGCUUUCCCAACUCCCUGAAGACAAUGCGCCCGCGGUCAUUGUUGUGAAGCCAGAGCGCCCAAGCCCUAUCUCACGGCCAUCAAGUGCUAGGACUGACCCGAACCAGCCGAAAUAUGAUCCCUCCAUGAUCUUUAACCUUGAACUGGCAACUGUACUCACUCUUCGAGACGAGAAAACUCUUGAGACUCUGGGUGAAUCACUUGCGACUACUCUGCAGAAUUUAGUGCGAGACGCCAAGAAUCUCCACCCAUUGACAGUUUCCCGAAUUGUUUCUUACCUGCUGAAUCUUUUACGUCUCAGCCAUGACCAACAUUUCCUGCGGGUGCCCGUUGUACUCCACGCCAUCUCUGGGUAUGAUCAAGACAUCUUGGAAACUCUUGCUGUGCCAACCGUAAGAGGCCUUUCCAGGUGCCUUGCUCAUACAGGGCGGUUGAGAAACGAGAUUACUAUUUCCCCUGACUUCUGGUCUAUUCUUCAGCGACUAGUAGAGCAUGAGGAAUCUGCCCCUCUAGUGUUCGACUUGUUACAGAGCAUUGUCGACUCUAUGCCUGAUAUCGUCACAGCUGAUAAUUAUAAAUCUGCCAUUUCCCUUGCAAACGAUUUUGUCAGCGCAGCUCAUGUUGGAUCUGUCACCGAGCGUCAGAGAGAUACACAUGCUCGACGUACUAAAGGAACCAAGCAACCUAAGCCCAAGGAAAAUCAUGUUGUCACUCGUGGGGUCAAAGCUAUUGGAUUGGUUUAUCACCUAACUGCUCGAGUCCCUACGCUCAUCAAACAGUCUCACCUCGAGAAGCGUGAAGCCUGGGCCGCCUACUGGUACCCAAUCUUCCACACCCUUUCAGGACAAUGUGUCAAUCCAUGCCGCGAUAUCCGACACCAUGCAAUCUCCACGCUCCAGCGGUCACUGCUGUCCGUCGAGCUGAUUUCAGACGACGACAAGGAAUGGGCUACCCUGUUUGAUGAGGUUCUAUUCCCACUCAUUUUGCGCCUCCUCAAGCCCGAGGUGUACCACUCUGACCCCAUCGGAAUGAGCGAGACUCGAGUUCAAGCCGCGACAUUGGUUUGCAAGAUCUUCCUACGCUUCCUCGACCAGCUUCCCAACCGAGACGGCAUGCUCAGUCUCUGGCUGCAAAUUCUCGAUAUUCUGGACCGCAUGAUGAACAGCGGCCAGGGUGACAGCCUGGAAGAAGCUAUUCCCGAAAGCUUGAAGAAUAUUCUCUUGGUGAUGGCCGAUGGCGGCUAUCUCGUACCUCCGUCUCAGGAUCCAAGCAAAGAGACAAUGUGGCUGGAAACUCGCAAACGUCUUGGACGAUUCCUGCCGAAUCUUUUUGCUGGGAUUUUCCCCGAUGUAGGCAAGGAAGCAGAGAAAUCCCAACCUACUUCUGGUGUCUCAUCCCCUGCUAAGCCGAGCUUAGACGGAGCCAAGGUUAGCGAGGAGGCUACUUCUCCCGCGGGUGCUGUUGAGACAGAGGAGAAAACUGAAGAGACCGAUGCGGGCCAGCCCGCUUCUACUGAAGAGGGAACUUCCUCGUAA